AAUUACUCGUGACAACGAUAUUUGUCACCAAAAAAGCGCCAAAUAAGUGGGAUCCGAUCCUUUCAUAUCUGAAAGAAGACGCCAUCAUUCAGUUUUCCAUUCAUUUGUUAUCACUCCCAAAUCCGAUCUUUCAAUUUUCAGUUUUCCUGGGUUGAGUAAGGGCGAAAAUCAUGGAGCGACUCAAGAGUUCUGCACGUCUCAUGAUCGUCUCGGAUCUUGACCAUACUAUGGUUGAUCAUCAUGACCCUAAUAACCUUUCUAUACUAAGGUUCAAUGCCUUGUGGGAAGCUAAAUACCGUCAUGAUUCGUUAUUGGUGUUUUCAACCGGAAGAUCACCUACUUUAUACAAGCAGUUAAGGAAGGAAAAGCCCAUGUUAACCCCUGAUAUUACGAUUAUGUCAGUUGGAACCGAGAUAACGUAUGGCAAUGCAAUGGUCCCGGAUGAAGGUUGGGUCGACUUUUUGAAUCAUAAAUGGGACAAAAAGAUAGUUACAGAGGAAACAAGCAAGAUUCCUGACCUCACUCUCCAAUCUGAAACCGAGCAACGUCCUCACAAAGCUAGCUUCUAUGUUAAGAAAGAGAAGGCUCAAGAAAUAAUGAAAACUCUUUCUGAAAGUCUGGUCAAACGAGGGUUGGAUGUGAAAAUAAUUUACAGUGGUGGUAUGGAUUUGGAUAUAUUACCCCAAGGUGCUGGAAAAGGUCAAGCUCUUGCUUACUUGCAUAAAAAGUUAAAGGCCGAGGGGAAAUUACCACAAAAUACCCUCGCAUGUGGCGAUUCUGGGAAUGACGCUGAACUAUUCACUAUUCCAGAUGUGCACGGUGUCAUGGUCAAGAACGCACAGGAAGAACUUUUGCAGUGGCAUGCUGAAAAUGCCAAAAAUAACCCUAAAAUUAUACAUGCUGAUGAAACAUGUGCGGCUGGUAUCAUACAAGCAAUUGGUCAUUUUAACCUAGGCCCUAAUACAUCACCCAGAGAUCUACCCGAUCUUUUAGAUGCAAAGUUGGACCAUUUUGACCCUGCGUAUGAAGUAGUGAAGUUUUACUUGCUUCUUGAGAAGUGGCGACGUGCAGAAAUUGACUCUCCAGAACGUUAUUUGAACAAUCUGAAAGCCGUUUGCUCUCCUGCGGGUCUGUAUGUUAAUCCUUUUGGCAUCGAGCAAUCGUUUGGUGAUGUCAUUGGUAAGCUAAAAGACUGCUACGGAGACAAAAAAGGGAAACAAUACCAAGUUUGGGUUGAUCAAGUUUUCCCUACUCAAAUCGAUUCUGACACGUGGCUAGUCAAGUUCAAGAAGUUGGACCAAACCGGUGAAGAGCAACAAUGUUGUUAUACUACAGCUAUACUAAGUUCAAAGGAUGUGGAACCGUCACAGGGGCUCACGUGGGUCCACGUGCACCAGACGUGGAUGGAUGGAUCGACAGGUGAUGACAAAAGUUGGUUUCUUUGACGUGGUACAGCUUGCCCGCCUUUGAGGUAUCUCGGUGUCAUAUUGAACAUUUAUAGCUGGUUUGUUCUAGUGAAAUUAUUCGAUAUGAUAUUUGUAUUACAUGCAGUGACAUGUUCUGUUUCUCAGAUUGAUUAAGGGCAUGCUUUCAAUAUGUAAGCCUUAAAUGCAUGAAAAACCAUGAAUUAUACACACAUUUUGUUUUUGGAUGUUUUGAUGAA